CGUCACUCUUCUGUACCUGCCGUUUCUCUCACUGUCUUGCCCUGUCCCUUCCUAAUUCUCAUCAAGGCGCCUGCCCAACAUGACAUCUCCGUGCACGUGAGCAAAGUACGGAGGCACAGAGGCAGGAACCUCUCCACAUCACGGGGAAGGUAACGCGGGGUCACGAGACAAGGGACCUCGACGUCUUCUCUCUUCUCUUCUGGAACAAUAUCCCACAACCCAUAUUUCCGCAGUCUCUGCCAAUGAGACUAUGACAAGAAGGGAGACCACUUGCUGACUGAUCCGCUCUAGCCAGUAUCCAUGUCAUGAUCGCUUCAACUUCGGAUGGGUGAUUCCUUGUCUACAACCCCAGGCACCCCAUCCAUCUCGUUGCUGACAAAGUGUUGAUAUAAGGGCCUUCACCAAGUUACCUCCCACACCUGAUGCCAUGUUCAAUGGCCGCACAUGUCAAACGAAACAGACUUGGCCCUUUCCUGACCGGCAAGGAUUUGCUGCAACGCGAUUGAAGCCAUGCAAGCCAACUCCACGGUUCACCUAGGCCGCGUCGUCAAGGCUUGCGACAGAUGUCAUCGCCAAAAGCUCAAGUGUGAUCCAUUCAGGCCAUGCAUGUUAUGCCAACGUGCCGGCGUCGCAUGCACGACCUCGAACACCAAGUCCCAAGGUGUUAAGCGGCGCAGAAGCAGCUCUCGCCCUGAUACUCGUAAUACCACAGUCCUAUCAGAAGUCACUCCAGCCCAUGAAGCAUCCGUCUCUAUCAAGGCAUCUACAUCGAGGAGCCAAAGUAACGUCACCCCCGAACCCACCAUCAACACGAUAGAGAACCAAGACCUCCGUGGCACCACUUCUAGCAUUGAAUUCGCUCGCAAUGUUUUUGGGACUGAAAGCGGUGACAAGCUCACCAGCACCUCCCUCAUUCCCGGUCAUUCUGGCACUGUCUCAUCACACGACCAUGUUUGGUCCCUCCAGCACCUACAAUUACCUUCCAGAGAGAUUAUGCAGAUCCUCAUCGACAAAUACUUUGAUGGCUACCACUGGUACAUCUCUCUGUUCCAUGAGCAGCAAUUCCGCCAACUAGCUGACCGCAUCUUGGCCACUUCAAUAUGGUCUCGCAAGGACAUGAGCAAUGUCAACGUCGUUUUAGCAGUUGCUCUGCUUGGUCUGCAGGUCGGCCUUGAGGACGACUCCUGGUCUGACCUUGGCCGUCUCAAUUCCUUGUCAGUCGACGGUAAGAAACUGCUACACAAUUUGUCCACAGAAAUACGACUCCAUCUCAUCGACAUUAUUGACGACUGCGCCCUGGAAGCCGUUCAAAUUUGCCUCCUCUUCGCAACUUUUCACGUCUAUCACGACUCUCCUAGCCUGGCCUGGAGCUUGACAGGCAUGGCCAUCAGCGUUUCGUACGCCCUUGGUUUGCAAUCCUCUCGAUCCACCACCUCCGACUUCAUCCUGCGCCAAAUUCAAUAUCGCUGUUGGAACCACGCCAUGGUCGCUGACAACUUUGCCUCCAUGAUCUACGGCCGCCCUGGUUCCAUUGACCCGACCUUUUCCACCGUCCAUGAAUUAUUAGAUCUCGAUCAGAGAAUCACCGAUCCAUCUGUCCUGACUCAUCCUGUCUAUGGCCUCCAGAAUGUACCAAAUACUGCGUCAUUUCCCAAUCUCAAAUGCAAGCUCUACAGAAUCAUAAGGCAUGCUCUCGACCGUGUUCGUGUCCGCAAACAAAAUAAUGACCUCUGUGGAAAUGAGAUCGAGGCAAGCAUCAAAGGGUCAAGACAUGUCCAGGAGCUUCUAACCCAGAUCCGCGCAUCGUUUCCACCCCUUUUUGAGUGGGAUAACUGGGUUCAUGCCGAUCCCUGGAAAUAUGCCGAGGACCCGGACAGCGGCUUGCCGAUGCGCAAUCAAUGGAGACAAUUGCUCCUGCAAGCAUCCAUGAUCCAAAUCCUGUACAAUGCCGCUGUCAUAUUGACCCACCGUCCAUUGUUGGAGCACAAAAUCUCGUCCCUUGGCGAAUCUAAGCCAUCCAAGUACGUUCUUGAAUCGAUUCGAACCUCCUUGAAUACUGCUGUGCAGGCCGCUCUGUGCAUGUCUCGGAUAGCACUUCAAAGAAUACACAACCAGUUUUGCGUCUCUUUUGCCUUUAUGCACCUCUUCACUGCCGGCGUGGUCUUGUGCAUGGUUCCUGCCAGCCAGCCACUCUCAGACUUGUCCCAUCAAGCCAAAGCAGGAGUUGUGCGCAUCAUUCGCAUGAGUCAGGACUUGCGGUCCAAGAAUCGUGUCGCCCGACAUACGGAGAAGUUGCUGAGCGAAUUGCUCAAGAUCACUCUUCAACGAGAGAUUGAUAAUGCUCUCAAGGCACAAACCAUUCCCGACUCGACACAGCGAUCGUCAAGUCCUCUUCGUGAGACCACAAAGCAUCGUACAGAGACAAGGGUAAAUCCAAACACUGCCCCUGGGAUAGAUACCGCCGAAACAUCGAUUGAACACGCUCAGCAGCCGUUGUGGGAUGUAACUCCAUCUACAUCCAAUGUUCAACCCAUACCCGACCAGUACGGCACUGCUUCCAUGCACCAGCCAAACAUGGAUAUGGGCGAGGAAGGCGGCAUGUUUAUGCCCUACCAAUUUCCCACUAGCCAGUGGCCUUUCGGUGGUUACAAUGACAUGAGUUUUGAUGCUGGAGGGUUCGACGAAAUGAUGUUCAAUUUGCUGCCAUUCGAGAACAACAGGAAUGCCAACUCCGGAUAUCAGUACCAGCCAUGAAAGUUCAGUGAUCAGCGCCGUCAAGGAUAGACACACCGAAACCACCACCAUCACCAGCAGUUGCUGCUGCGCGAGAUGCACCUAAGCAUUUUCCCGAAGUAGCGUCUCCUCCGCCGACUCGCGGAGAUGAGACUAGGCCUUAAUGAUAUCGAUGAACAUGAUUUAGGUCAGAACAUGUCAACUCAUCUAUUAAUAUUCCAAAAGUUAAAUCUCUACCCAAGGAGGAAGCAAAAAUUCUCUAUGAGAGGAUGUGCACACCACGAUAUGCACACUGGAUUUUUAUGUCUAUCAUCCAUAGUCGGAGGUUACAUACCCAGGCAGGUUGGACCAGAGCAAGAUAUUUCGUGCUCAUUCAUGACCAGACGCUUGAAAGAAAGCCCAAAGCCAAUGUAAAUAUAUCGAACAAGAACAG